AUGGGGCGGUCGCCUAGCCCGCCGCGGCGACGCGACGACCGGCGUCGUGAGGACAGAAGAGACCGAGAUAGGGACCGCGACAGGAGAAGACAGCGGACCCGGUCCCGUUCCCGGUCUCUAGAGCGGCGUAGACGGUCCCCGGACCGGCGGCGGUCCCCAUCGCCGAGACGCAGAAGAUCUCGCUCCAUAUCUCCAAUACCUACCUCAUCGUUCGCUCCGAAGCCGAAAAAGACGUUCGGAGAGCGUCCCAUAGUCACCCCCGCCGAUUUGGAGGGAAAAACGCCAGAAGAGCAAGAAAUGCUGAAAGUUAUGGGCUUCUGCGGCUUCGAUACAACCAAAGAGCCGGUGCAAGAAGAAAAAGAUAUCAUGGAGUUAGAAGAGAAUGGUUUAAAUGAUGACGCAGAACCCGUGAAAAUGACUUUAGAGCAAGAGCUUGAGAUGGAACUUAAAAGAGAGAAGGAGAACUUUAAUAAACAAAAGCCAAAGCCAAGAUUAGAUUACGAAAAGGUACUGAAAAAAGAAAUGAGCGUUUAUGAGACCGAACGAGUGCGAGGUGAAUAUUUAUCUAUGGUGUAUGACUAUUUAAUGAUCCUAAAACCGACUAGUGUAGAGGCCGAAAGGGCAUUUUCAGCAGCCGGCUACAUAUGCAGUUCUGUGCGGUUGGGAGUUUAG